CCUAUAUGGAAAGCUUGCGCCUUGGUCACAAAACGCAGGGGGUUUACUAUAAAUUUUACUAUAAAUACUCAACCCACUCUGAUAAUCUACAUCCAAUACACAUUUUUCACAGUUCAAGCAACAAGUCUUGGAAAUUCCUCUCUCAGUCAUCAUGAUGAAGAUCGUGUCCCUCUUCGCCCUCGUGGGUGUGGCUGCCGCAGGAGUGGCUCCAGGUUUCGGCUAUGCUGCCGCCCCCCUCGGCUACGCACACGCCGCUCCCCAAUUGGCUUACGCCCACGGCCCAGCCAUCGCCAAGGUUCACCACGCAGCUCCCCUUGCCUAUGCUGCUCCCAUCGCCAAGGCCAUCGUUGCCCAACCAGAACCAUACGACCCACACCCACAAUACAACUACGGUUACUCCGUUUCCGACGGUUUGACCGGAGACUCCAAGACCGCUUCUGAAUCCCGAGACGGAGAUGUCGUCAAGGGACAAUACUCUCUCGUCGAGCCCGACGGUGCCAUCCGAACGGUCACCUACACCGCUGACCCCGUCAACGGAUUCAACGCCGUCGUCGACAGACAAGCCCCAGGCGUCGUUAAGGCCGUCGCCCCAGUUGUGGCCAAGGUCCAUGCUGCUCCCCUCGCUUACGCUCACGGUCCAGCGGUAGCUCACCACGGAUAUGCUCACUACUAGAUAAUAAUAGUCGCGAAAAUCUAUUACUAAACUAGUAAUUCUUGCUUUCAUCUUAGUCAGUCUUUGACGCAUAUUCCUUGUAAAAAAUACCUCCUCAGACCAUUUGAGCUUCUCGUGCCCUUUCAAGCCAUAUACCCGAUUGUAUUAUUUCUCGUUACCCGUGAGGUAUUUAUAUACAUGUUUUCUACCUGUCAAAGAAAUAAAGCAGACGGAACUGAAAAAUUAUC